UCCAAAUGACGAUCAUUUAAAAUCAAUACACUCAAAAUAUGCACAAAUUUUUCCCAAAUCUACACUCGUAGACCUUUCUAAACUUUUCUAUAUAUACUAUUACGCACAAGUAACAGUUUGUCUUUCGACGGUAUGAUGGUUUCAUUGAAUAUUUUAACGAAAUAAUGAGUUCUGUUGACCGCAGCGAGCUUGUAACGCUUGAGCGAUUGUUUGAUGCGGAAAUGCUGGCUAAUUGAGUGAAAUUGUGCUAAAAUAUUACAAUGGAUCUGUCGCCAGACGAGGAACACUUUCAAGGCCGACUCCUGCACCAGGCAGCUCUAUGGGACAACCUGGAGCUGCUGCAGGAGCUGAUAGCCGGCGGGGCGGAGGUGAACGCUCGCGACGCCCACAUGCGCAGUGCUCUGCAUGCCGCUGCUCUGGCGGAGCGAAGCCGUUGCCUUCCCGCGCUGUGUACGGCUGGGGCUGAUGUGGACGCACGGUCCGACCACGAGACUGGAGGGAUGACUGCCCUCCACACGGCCGCUGAACGAGGUCACGUGGAGAACGUCAAAGCGCUGCUAGCCGCUGGAGCUGAUCUCUCAGUGCUGACAGCCAGUGGCGAUACAGCGCUGGCGCUCGCUGAAAGGGGGCGGCACCGACACGCUGCCCUAGCUCUGCGAGAGGCAAAAGAUGCCCUGGAACGCGAGCGCGUCUCCCAGCACGGGCAGUUACGUGAGCUGGUGGUACGUGGGGAUGCGGCCGCGUUGCAGACCAAGUUGCAAGAGCUCGGUUCCGCUGCUGGCAUCGUCGCCAACCUGACCCCAGGGGGCGCGAAUACUUUGCUAUAUGUCGCUUCCGAGCUAGGUGCCACUACAGCCGCAGCGGCGCUGGUGGAGGCUGGCGCUGAUGGGAGAGCUCAUCCCGUCACCCGGUACGGACCGCUGUACAUCGCCUGCUACCACGGACACCUGGACAUCGCGAAAUUACUGCUGCAUCACUUUCCAGAAGCUAUACAGCAAGAAACGGUAGAGAAAUGGCUACCGCUCCACGCGGCGUGUAUCGGCGGCCACCCCGCGGUAGUGACGCUGUUACUGGAGUACCCCUACCCGGAGCACCUCCUGUCUACCUACACAGACGCGACGGGCAAGUGUCAGUACCGGUUCGCGUUCGACGUGAACGCGCGGGACGCGAGCGGCCAGACGGCGCUGUACGUCGCCUGCACCCUGGGCAACGCGGCCGUCGUGGACGCGCUGCUGGCGCACUCCGUGCCCCCGUGUCAGCCUCAGCCGGCCAGUUCCGAGCCGGGCCCGCCGCAGACGCCGGUGGACAGCAGUCCGCAGCGCGCCGGCAUCUCGCUCGGCAUACACGCCAUCGUCAGCAAGCUCACCGGUGCCGCGCCCAGGAACAGUGCUCCGGCGCCGGCCGCCGCGGCCGGGCAGCGCGUGCGCGCCGUGCGCGUGGAGGCGGCGCGCGGCGCGGACAGCUGCGUGGCGUGCGCGGCGCGCCUCAACCACGUGCGCGUGCUGCGCCGCCUGCUGGCCGCCGGCGCGCGCCCCGACGGGACCGCCGCGCCGCCGCAGGAGGAGGGGCGCGAGGCGCGGCGCCGCUCCCGCAGCGCGUCGGUGUCGCGCACGCGCUCGUCCGCCUCCCCGUCGCCCUCCGCCGUGCGCGCGCCCUUCGCCGACGACCGAGACGGGCCCUGGACGGCGCUGGCGGUGGCGGCGCGCGCUAAAAACGUCCAGGUGGCGGAGAUACUGCUGGCGGCCGGCGCCACGGACCCCGGCGGUCGAGCGCUGCGCGAGUUCGCCAGACACGGUCUCUCCGAGCUCCUGGCGGCGCUGCUCGCCACUAAGGCGUACCCGGACCCCGACUACAAGCUGGACAAGUCGCGCGUGUCGCAGUGCGUGCUGAACACACGCGACGCUGACCCGGCGCUGUCGUACAGCGCGCGCUGCCCCACCACGCCCGUCAUGGUCAACUGGCGCGAGCUGCGCUGCCAGCUGUCGCACCUGCGAAUGCGCUGGCUGGUGUCGGCGGCGCUGCGCGUGAACCCGCGCCUCAGCGCCGCGGCCAGCGCCUCGCUGGCGCUCACCCGCCUCGAGCUGGCCAACAACGAGCUGCGGCUGCUGCCCCGGGAGCUCUUCUCGCUGCAGAGUCUCAGAUACCUGAACGCGGCUCAAAACAAACUGGAACGUCUGCCGACAGCGAGUGAUCCCUUCGAAGACGAAGUAGACGGCAGGCAGCGCCGCGGCAAGAAGCAAUCGAAGAGGAGCGCCGAGGUCUACACCGCACCUGUUUUGCAGGAACUUUAUUUACAGGAUAAUCGUUUAGAAGAACUUCCCCCGGAACUCUUCUCCCUCCCGUCCCUGACCAGUUUGGACGUUUCCAACAACAAGCUUCGCGCGCUCCCUCCUCAGAUGUGGCAAGCGCCCGCCCUGAGAGACCUGAACGCCGCCCUAAACCAUCUGAAGGAACUGCCCAAUGGGGAUGAGGGAGCUCCAGAGACGCCGCAGUCCCCCGCAGAGCCCUCGCCCGGCGCUUCGCCCUCCGUGCACUCUGCUCCGUUCGCUUUUGACCAAACCAAGUCAACUUCUCGCAGUCCAUCUCUGGACGUCAGCGAGUCUUCUCAUGACGAAGACGACGUGCCCACAAUCGGAAAUAGGGCAGGGAACGCUGUCUGGGCGGAGGCGCGGCGCGCGCACGAGUGGCGCGGCGCGCGCGCGGCGUCCCCGCAGCGCUCGGGCGCGGCGGGCGGCAGCCGGCUGGCGGCGCUGAACCUGGCGCACAACCAGUUCUCCUGCGUGCCGCCGCCGCUGGCCUGCCGCGCGCCCGCCCUCGCCAGGCUCAACAUGGCCUACAACAACCUCCGGUCAAUGUCGUACGUGACGUCUUACCCCACCAGCUUGCGGCAGCUGGAUCUCAGUCACAACGAGAUCACUUGCUGGCCGAGCUUGCCCCAGGUGGAGAACUUCGGUUCGAGCGAGGGCGACCCGCUGGCUUGCUUCUGUCCGUCUCGGGAGGCCCGGGCUCGUCCGCGCUCGUCCGGCUCCGUGCGCUCCCAGCUACUGAGUGCGGCCUGCCCCGCCCGCCGACACCUUCGCCUCGAGGGCCUGCGAACAUUGAUCCUAGCCAACAAUAUGCUGACGCGUAUCCAGCUGACGACGGACGAUGACGGCCUCGUGCCGACCACUGAGCAGAGCAGUGAUGAAAAUGAUGAUGAAUGGAACAGCCGAGGCUCCCUGAAGGCGAGGCUCCUGUUCCCGCUGCUGUCGAUGCUGGACGUGUCGAGCAACCUGCUCCGCUCCGUGCCGCCCGCCCUGCACCUGCUCACAAACCUCGCGGUGCUCAAUCUCAGCGGGAAUAAGGAUAUCACGGACCUGCCGCCGCAGAUGGGCCUCCUGACGCGCCUGUGGAACCUGAACACGGCGGGCUGCGCUCUAAGCGAGCCGCUGCGCUCCGUGGUCCGCGGCCGCAGCCGCAGCGUGGACGUGGUGGGCUACCUGCGCUCCGUGCUGCAGGAGGCGCGGCCCUACGCGCGCAUGAAGCUCAUGGUGGUCGGCGUGCAGGGUAUUGGGAAGACCAGUCUACUGGACUGCUUGAGACAGGAGUCUGCCAUCCAUCAUCGGAGGAAACCUACUGAUCACUGGGCGAAGCGCAUGGGCAACAAGUCCGGACGGCGCGGCAUGUCCACGGUGGGCGUGGACAUCGGCGCGUGGGUGUACGAGCCCACGCGGUCCCAGCGCGGGCCUGUGACGUUCCGAACGUGGGACUUCGGUGGCCAGCAGGAGUACUAUGCGACCCACCAGUACUUCCUGACGAAACGUUCCCUGUAUCUGGUUGUGUGGAAGGUUACGGAUGGGAGGAAGGGGCUCGCCAGCGCCUUGCAGUGGCUGAGGUCAAUACAAGCGCGCGCCCCGGGCUCGCCCGUCAUCAUGGUCGGUACACACUACGAUCAAGUUGUUAAUAGCAAGGCGAGCGAGAGCGACAGCCCGACGGCGCUGCAGCGGCUCAUCCGCGGCGCCGUCAUGGCGGCGCCCGACGCGGACAAGCUCGGCCUGCCGCGCGUGCUCGACUCCAUCGAGGUAUCAUGCAGCACUCGCCACAAUAUAAAACUGCUGGCUGACAUCAUCUACUCCGUGGCUUUUAGCGUCAAACCUCCAGGCAGCAAAGAGCCUCUGUUAGAGCAGCGCGUGCCGGCCACAUACCUGGCGCUGGAGGAGUGCGUGCACAGCCUCGCCGCCGACCUCAAGGAGCCCGUGCUGAGACACGAGCAGUACAAGAAGCUGGUGACACAGUAUAUGCAGCAGAAAAAUCUUCGAAUGUUUCGUGACGCGGCGGAGCUGCACCAGGCGACCAUGUUCUUACAUGAAAACGGAGUGUUACUGCAUUACGAUGACGCGACCCUCAAGGAGCUGUACUUCGUGCGACCGCAGUGGCUGUGUGACAUCCUGGCGCACGUGGUCACAGUGCGGGAGGUCAACCCCUUCGCCUCGAACGGCAUCAUGCGCGUGGAGGACCUGAGCCACGUGUUCAAGGCGUCCCCGGCGCUGGGCGGCGGCGAGGAGGCGCGCUCGCUGGGCGCGUCGCUGCUGAACAAGUUCGAGCUGGCGCUGUGCUGGGACGCGCGCUCGCUGCUGGUGCCGCCGCUGCUGCCCGAGCGCGAGCCGCGCGCGCCGCAGUUGGCGCUGAAGUCUCGCGCGUGGCCGGGCACCCCGCGCCGCGCCGCGCUCCCCGCGACCCUCUCCUCCGCGCCCUCUUCGGUGCCUUCGGUUCGAGGGACCGAUUCUCCGCUACUCAUACAGGAGGGCGGGGGUGCGGGCGGGGCGGUGGUGUCGGCGCGGAAGGGUGCGCGCGCCCUUCGGCGCCUGCUGCUGCUGUCGUACGUGCCGCGCGGGUUCUGGGCGCGCCUGUGCGCGCGCGUGCUGGCCGACCCCGCGCUGGCGCUGCUGGCGCCCGCCCUCUACUGCGCGCCGCGGGAGAUGGACAUAGAUGAAAGCGUUGCAAAGGCCCUGGAUUUUAACUGGUCGUGGAAGCUCUGGAAGACCGGACUCAAGCUGGUAUGUGGAGAACUGGUGCUACUUGCGCUGCGGGAGCUACCCCCACGGUACGACCCACUUUUGGGCGCUGUGGGCGAUGAAGAUGAGCCCGAUGAGCUGUACCAUUCCAUCAGGUUCCGCGUGCGCGCCGAGGGCACUUGGAGCGAGCUGGACGUGCAGUCGUCCGCGUGCGUGGAGCUGCUGCUGCCGGCUCAGGUGUGCGUGGUGCGGCGCGACGACGGCCUGCCCCUCGCUGGCUGCCAGAGUCUCAGUCUGGAACCGAACCCUGAAGUGUUGACAAAGGUGCUUGCAUUGGUCUCCGACCACGUGGACCUGUUGCUUGAAGACUGGUACCCGUCCCUUGGUACCCGCUUCGUCCACACGUCGGAGGGCCGCUGCCUCAUCACCCGCGUGGCGCCCUGCCCCGCCUGCCUGGCAGACGCCCAGCUGGAGCACGAGCCUCAUCACGACCACGACAAGCACUUCGCUCAGGUAUUCAGACGCCUAGACCUCGGCAGCGCAGAACCACGCCGUCUCCGACUCUCCGAGGAAUCCCGCGCCUCAGACGGUGACAGUGGCGUUGGGGCUGAAUCUAACACGUCCUCGCGGGUGGGCUCCACGGAGGGCGUCUGCAACAGCCCGUCGUUCGUGGCGACGUGCUGGACGCUGGAGGAGUGCGUGCUGGCCGCGUGCACGUCCGCGCCGCUGUGCUGCCCGCACCACGCCGACGUGCAGCUGGCGGACGUGGCGCCCGACACGCUCCUCCUGGACGUGGAGGAGGACAAGCGCGCCCGCUGGGAGCACAUCACGCGCACGGCGGUGGCGGGGCGCGGCGCCUUCGGGACCGUGCUCACGGGCACGUGGCGCCGCCCGGGGGCCAAGCCCGUGCCCGUCGCCGUGAAGGCCCUUCAGCCAGUGGCGCCCCCGUCCGCCCACGAUAUACAGGCGAUGCAGGCGUAUAAGGCGGCGGCGUCCCGCUGGGAGCGCGACGCCACGGGCGGCGCGUGCCGCGCCUACUGCGGCCUGCGCCAGGAGCUGGGCAUCCUGGCGCGCCUGCGCCACGCGCACGUGCUGCCGCUGCUGGCCGCCUGCCCCGCGCCGCUGGCGCUGCUGCUGGCCGUGGCGCCGCAGGGCUCGCUGGAGGGUGCGCUGCGGCGCUACCGUGGCUGCGGGAAGCGCGUCGGGGAUCGUGCGGCGCGUGCGCUAGCUCUGCAGGUGGCGCGUGCGCUGGAGUACCUGCACGCGCACCGCGUGCUCUACCGGGACCUCAAGUCGGAGAACGUGCUGGUGUGGUCGCUGCCGGCGCCGCAGGAGGCCGAGGACGCGGAGCUCAGCCCCGACCCCAUCGACGUGCACGUCAAGCUGGGAGACUACGGUAUAUCGCGCCUCGCCCCGCCCUCUGGUACAAAAGGCUUCGGUGGCACCGAGGGUUUCAUGGCGCCCGAGAUUAUGAGGUACAACGGAGAGGAAGAGUAUACUGAGAAGGUGGAUUGUUUCUCGUACGGAAUGUUGUUGUACGAGAUCUUCACGCUGCGGCAGCCGUUCGAAGGUCACGAGGCGGUCAAGGAAGCCGUGCUCGAAGGGGCCAGGCCUCCCCUCUCUCCCAGGGACCUGCAGUACCCGUGCAGCCUGCUGGAGACCAUGCGGCGCUGCUGGAGCGGCGCGCCCGAGCUGCGGCCGUCCGCCGGCGCGCUGACGGCCGUGUGCGCGGCGCCCGAGUGCCUGGCGCUGCGGGACGCGGCCGCCGCGCGCCCCGCCGCCGCCGCCGCCGCCGCGCCGCUGCGCCUGGCGGAGGGCGACCUGGGAUGGGAGGUGUGGUACGGUGGCGCGGAGCCCGAGCGCGCCCACACGCUCACCAUAUCCGACACCUUCCAGCACCACCACUCGCUGCGUGUGCCGCCUGACAAGACAGAGCCGGUGAUAGUGACAGCGAUGUGCCGCGUGGGCCCCCACAUGUGGCUCGGAGACUCCGUCGGUCGGAUAUUUGUUUACACUAUAUCAACGUGCGCGCUCUCUUGGAGCGUGCGGCUGCAAGACGUGGUGGGCGGGGCUCCAAGCGCCGUCGCCGCGCUUGAGUUGCUCGCACCACUGCCGCGUGUCGCUGUUGCACUCGCGUGUGGGAGGCUGUUCAUAGUGACCUCAGAGCGGCAAGAGGAAGAAGGCAGCUUCGUGCUGACGGAGCUCGGCGCGGCCACCGAGCUGAGCUGCCUCGCAGCCGUUCCCGUGGACGACAGCGUGUCGCUGUGGGCGGGCGGGCCGGGGCUGCACGCCUACGCCGUGCGCGCGGAGGGCGUGAGCGCGGCGGAGCAGCUGGCGGCGCCCGCGCGCCUGGCGCUGCUGCGGGCGGCGCCCCGCCCGCUGUGCGUGCUGGGGGCGGCGCGCGCCGACGUGUUCGUGUUCUCGUGGAGCGCGCGGUCGCGGCGUCCCCCCGCGCGGCUGGACUGCAGCAAGCUGGUGCCGUGCUCCGAGAGCCUGCAGUCCAUCGCCAUCGACGACAGCCUCGGCCACGAGCGCUGCCGGGUGACAGCGCUGGCGGUGAUUGGCGACCAGGUGCUGGUGGGGACGGCGUGGGGCUGCCUGGUGGUGGCGCACGCCGCCUCCCUACUACCACUUACUGUCUUCAGGCCCUAUGAGGAGGAGGUGCGUGCGAUAGUGCCCCUGCCGCCCCUGGGGCGCGGGGCGCGGCGCCAGGAGCGGCUGGUGACGUUCGGCGCGGGCUACCGGCCGCUGGUGCAGAGAUACGCGCCCGCGCAGUCCAACAACACAACAACAUUCUCCGGCUUCUACUGCUUGCUGUGGACGGCACAACACUGGCUGCCGGACUAGACGCAACAAUACUGAUACAAUUCAGCCUAUCGCAGUCCACUGCUGGACA